GCAGAGCUGCCCGCCCUCGGGCCCUGCGCGGGGAGGCUGGUCCCAACCUUGCGUGGGCCUCGCGUGGGCCCGGCCUCGCCGCUGCGGUCGCCUGCCUGGCAUGGCCAACUGGGUGUUCUGUAAUCGCUGCUUCCAGCCGCCCCACAGGACGUCGUGCUUCAGCCUCACCAACUGCGGGCACGUGUACUGCGACGCCUGCCUUGGCAAAGGUACAAAGAAUGAAUGCUUGAUUUGUAAAGCUCCUUGUCGUACAGUUUUACUUUCAAAACAUACCGAUGCAGAUAUCCAGGCGUUCUUCAUGAGCAUAGACAGUCUGUGUAAGAAGUACUCCAGGGAAACUUCCCAGAUUUUAGAAUUUCAAGAAAAACACAGGAAGAGAUUGUUAGCCUUCUACAGAGAAAAGAUUUCUAGGUUGGAAGAAUCCCUUAGGAAGUCAGUGCUGAAGAUAGAACAGCUACAAAGUAUGAGAUCAUCACAACAAACAGCUUUCAGCACAAUAAAAAGUUCAGUUUCAACAAAACCACAUGGAUGCCUGCUGCCACCUCACUCAUCAACCCCCGACAGACUGGAGUCGAUGGAAGUUGAUCUCUCUCCUUCUCCGAUUAGAAAAUCCGAGAUAGCAGCCGGCCCUGCAAGAAUCUCCAUGAUUAGUCCGCCGCAAGAUGGACGCAUGGGCAGCGUCUCCUCCCGGGGCCCCGAGCAUCCCGGCCUGACCCCGAGUCAGAGGAGCGUGGGAAAGUCUCUCAGGAUUCCACCUCUGCAAAUCCCCUACAAGGGACCACCGCUAACGCCAACACCACAGUUACCAGGGAGAGCAGGAAGAGGGGACUCUCCAAGCUUCGGGGGCUCCCAGGCGAGGCCGCCCCACCGGCCGCCCAUCAGCAUCUCCAGCCUGCUGCAGAGGCAGUGUUUAGUGUGAAGUUCUGAAGUCAUUUCAAACACAAAGUUGAUGUGUUUUCACCGUGACUCUCGAUACCUCCUGUGGGACCUGCUCACCUUGGGGCAUCCAGCCACCCGCUCUGCCCAUUUCCAGUCCUCCAGCCUUCGUGCCCACCAGCAUGUGUACGUUAGACAGCCAGUGCGACUGCACUUUCUCUCUUGAUUAAAUAAUUAAGUAAUGUA